AUGACUUCUAGCUAUGCACAUGUAAUGGACAGGCAAGCAACGAUAUCAAAUCGUUUGGAGAGUUCGAUUACAUCCAAUCUGGAAAACCUUCAAGCCAAAAAGAACUUCUCGGUGAGCCACCUGUUGGACCUGGAGGAGGCCGGGGAAAGGGUUGGGACCCAGGCUGACGAGAGUGUCGGUGAGGCGGGGAGGAAUAUGCUGGAGUCCCCUGGGCUGACCAGUGGGAGCGACACCACUCAGCAGGAGAGUAAGUGAGAAGUACACUCCAAGUGCAGCCUAUACACUCGGGACUGGGGUUGUCAUUAACCUUAACGCAGAAAUUGGUUAUUAGGCUCCAUUAGCAAAUGCAGGCUACACUCUGAGAAUAAUAAUCCGCAUGGUUUGAGGGUUGAACCCAUUUUGGUGUGCGCCAUCUGUAAUUUAAGUGGGACUCUUUGGAGCCACGAAUUGUAUGACCAUGACAUAGGCUACUGGAAGCUACUUUAAUUUAUUUUUAUUAAGUCUUGGCCAGCCUUCUUCUGUUGAAACUAUCGCGGGCAUGGAAGGAAUCCUUCGUGACUCGUGGUAAUAUAUCAUUUCUGACGGCUACACUAAAAACGGCCAUUCAUUUACCAUUAACACUUUGAUGUCAACGAAGUAUGGCGAUGUUGGUGGAUAUGGUCAGUAAAAUAAGUCAACCUUUACAAUAAUAAAUCAAAACACUACCAUUGAGCCGUCCACGACUGCCUAGAUGACUUCAAAUGAGUCAGGAUAGCCUGAACUGUGGUUUGUCUAUGACUCUUUUAAAAGGUCGAUUGAGGAGACUGAAGUAAACUUGAAUAGACCCCAGUAAAAGCAAAAUAUCACAGCGGUUCUUUCUCACUCAGCCAUGCCCGUUGAGAGAGUAAAUAAACCCGUCAGGUUCCGGGUGAUACGCCCUCAAAUCCAGAGUCAUUUGGAGAGGUUGACAGAAACGUUAGGGUUUAAUGACUGUUAUUGUUAUUAUAUGGGUAAAUCGGACCUCGAGGAGAGGUGUGUUAGAAACAUGGGUAAGGGAAGGCGCGAGGUGAUGUCGUUAAUUCAAAGCUAUUUCGCUUGUCAAACAACGUCAGAAUAUUUAUACAUAAUCAUUUUGUCAUAAUUAUCUGAUCUGUCCGCUAGACAUGGCUCUGACAAUUACGGGAUCAAAUAACAAAACCUCAUUCGAUCUGCUUGUCAAGAAUAAAUAUGUUCCAUAAUUAAUCAUGUUGGAUGUUUGUGUAAUGUUUGGACCCGUGUCCAAACUCGUGUUGUGAUAUUAGGAGGAGCACAUAGCUUGGAUAAUUACCAUCAAGCAAAGCCAAUAAAUAAAUCAUCGUAGUGAAUUCUCUCACUUUGAAAAUAUAUUACCAUCAAUUUCACACAAGCUUUGACCGAUUCCCUAAACGAAUUGUGCAUGGGGUCACCUCGCAGUAGGCUCGAGACUACUAUAAUUUGGUUAUGGCUUAAAUCCACAUGAUUUAUAACCAUCUGCUGAAAUGCAAUGUUUUUCACCCCAUUUACCACCUAAAAGCGUUGUUGAAAGUGUGCUAGGUCAGCCUCCAGUGAAGCAUCUCUCAAUUUUUCAGUAAGAAAACAAUAACUGCACUUUUGGCCGAAUGUUUUCAGAUGAUUAUGUUUUAAGCCUUCCCAUGAUAAAAACAUGGUUUAAACUAAUUCCUAUACCAGGGACAAACAUUUGUUCCUUGUGCAGAAUUAGCCUAUCGAUUUUCAAUUAGGCCUAAUGGUUUAAUUUGUCAUUUCGAAAUGACACAUUAGCCUUUUUGGCAACGAAAAAAUUCCGCAAAAUAGUAUCUAAAAAAAAGAGCCUACGUUUAUUAUAAUAUUAUGGCAGUCGUGUUGUGAAAAUAGUGUAUAUUUAAUUUUUCCAGGCUAAAUUUAUAAAAAAAUAUUUUUGAAGGCCAUUUUCCAUAUAAUUCAUAUUAAUAACACAAUAAUAACACAACUAGCCUUUAAGACCUGUCGUGUGGUCUGCUGCUAUCCCCUUUUGACCUUGACUUAGAAGUUUUUCUUCUUUCAUUAUUAGUUUACAACGAAAUACCAUAUUUAAAUGAGUGCAUUGUAACUUUACAGCAUUCACAAUUUGGUUUCAGAUUAACAAUAUCCUAUGGUUAAGAUACGCGAAUUAGCACUGGAAUUGUGUUCCCAAUGUGGACAGUGCGCAAUCUGUUUUUUUAUUAUUAGUCUGUCCGGUUAUAUUCUUGAUAUUUGUAUAUUCCUGAUAUUAAACAUAUGUAUUUAAAAUGUCGAUAUGGAUAAGAUACGGAUUUAAUAUUUUAUUUUAGGCCUGCGCUAUAGGCUAGCAUGCAUUCUUAUUAUGCACAUCAAAAUAAAUGUUGGGGUCUUACUGAGUCUUUCCUAACUUUAGAUAAGAUAAUGUUAUUGGUAAAAUAAAGAAAAAUAUAAAGUACAAAAUAUACUCCAUUCUGUUUCACACAAUGACAUACACAAUGUGUGUGUAAAAGUGCAAAUGUGUGUGCGUUGUUGCUUUGCAACAGAAUUAUUAUUGCUAUGAGAUUAGGCCUUCAAUGAUACACUAGGGCAGUUGUUGGGUGCAUUCAGAAAGGCUUAAUAAUGUCACAUUCAUCAUGGGCUUCCUCUACAAUGGAUGGGCAAAAAUCACAUCUCCAUGUAUUGUGGGAACAGUACAUUUUUGUCAUUCAGCAUGAAAUUGCAACUAUCUGGCAAAAAAAUAUGUGUAGGGUUACUUUUUAUUAAUACAUGACUGUAGCAACAGUAGAACUGGCUGUAAUGCUCAACACAAUAAGAUCAUAGAAGAGGUCAGGUCAUACAUCCUCUGAGAAGAGAAAUAAAGCAGAUAUAGUUGCUGAUUGAAAAGCCUUUUCUCUCCCUCUCUCAUUACACAAUAUGAUGACAACAAACUGGCCAUGUUGCCACAAGGGUUGUAGAAAAUAGUACACAGUGGACACACUUGAUGACAAUAUGGUGAUCUUGACAAAAAAAUUGUUUAUGUGUACUGUAUGCCUGUGUGUGCCUGUAUUCAGUAUAUUAUACACAGUCAGAAACAUUUAUUAAAGUGUCCCUCAACAAUGACGCAAUCAUUUACAAUACAAAAUACUGAAAAAACCACACAUCGUGGACCACUCAAAUAGAGUUUUGACACACUAAAAACAAUCAUAGUCAAAACAUGGUAGUGUGUUUGUCUGUGUGAACAUGUAUGUGUAUACAUUUCAUAAACAAACGUUUAUCAAAAAAAUAUAUAUUCGGAGCAGGCAGCAAACAGUGAGUGGACAUUUACUUUUUUCUCUAUAUUUAGAUGAUAGUUAAUCCUGUGCCAGUGCAAAGUUGGAUGUCUACAGUUCUUUUCUUAUUUCCUGCAUCUGACCAUGUUGUUGUUGUUGUGUUGUAGAUGAGCAGCUGAAUGCGGAGGAGAAGAAGAAGAGGAAACAGAGGAGGAACAGAACUACAUUCAACAGCAGCCAGCUACAGGCUCUGGAGAGAGUGUUUGAGAGGACACACUACCCUGACGCCUUCGUCAGAGAGGACCUGGCACGCAGGGUCAACCUCACAGAGGCGCGGGUGCAGGUAGGACUAUAGUAAGCGAUUUUGUAUGUGUGCAUGCCGUUUUUGUAAGGGUGGCCCCAUCGGGGAUAGAACCCACAGCUUUGGUGUUGCAAGUGCCAUGCUCUACCAACUGAGCCACAGAGGACCACAACACCCCAGUAGUCAACACUGUAAUCCUAACAGCGUCAGGUGACUGUGGGUCCUUAUGUUAUCUCAUCAUAAGAAAGACUCCUCAGCAUAAUCCUAAUAGGUGAUCCCCAGGCACUUAGGCUCCUGUGUUAUCUCAUUAUGGAAACUAAUAGGACCAAUAGGACAUUGAAGGCUAUUUAUGUAAAUCGGACCAGAUAAUGUAUGAUACCUAUACAUUGUUCAAUGAUCUCAGGUAGAUAUUGAUGGUACAGUUGUGUAUGUGUGUGUGUGUGUGUGUUUGUGUGUGUGAGAGAGAGAGAGAGAGAGAGAGGGAGGGAGGGAGAGAGAGAGAAGGAGAGAGAGAGCGAACACAUCUGCGAUUAAUGCGUACCAGAGUGAGAUGCAGAAAUCCUUUGAUAAAAGAGACUUCGGGCUCAUUCCUGAGGCAGUGCGUAAGCAGAUCCUAUGCCUCCAAGAGCCUCAGCGCUCCCAAAGCGUUAAAUAAUGGAUUUGAUUUCAGAGUGUGGAACGCCAUUAUUAGUAACCCCAGUAAGGCCCUUGAUCUACUAAUAAAGGAGGCGUGUGGCAGUGUGUGUGUGUGUGUGUGUGUGUGUGAAAGAGUGUGUGUGUGCGUGAUGAACAAAACGUGUGUGUGUGUGUGGUUGAGUAUCACAGGCUCGAAGCACUGUGAGAAAGUUUGGUUGUUGAAGGGACAGUAUUUGUUCAUCAUGCUGAGAGAUACGGCUGAGUGUUACAUUAUCUAUAGAUAUAAACGAAGGUUUGAAAAAUUGCCAUUUCGAACAUGCAUGUAAACCAAUUUUACACAUUGUAAAAAAUAUAACAUGGAUGUCAUGGAGAAGUAGUUAAUAUCAUUACAUUUAGGAGCUAGAUAUGAUAUAAGUUCUAAAAUACCUUAUAAAGAUAUGCGUGACAAUUUACAUAGAUGUAUAUCGUAAAGGAUUUAUAAAAGGUAUUCAAAUAUGUUUAUUUACUGUAAAUUAUACAUCUAUAAUUAUUGUAAUUAUCAAUUGGACUGCUUUCAUUCGAGGGUCCAUUGCAGAUUAAUUCCUUGAGUGAGAAUGUUCGCUCACAUUCUGCUGUUUUUCUCCAGGUGUGGUUUCAGAACAGAAGGGCAAAGUUUCGUCGGAAUGAGCGUGCCAUGUUGGCCAGCAAGAACGCCUCACUCCUCAAGUCCUACUCCGGGGACGUCACGGCCGUGGAGCAGCCCAUCGUACCCCGUCCUGCCCCCCGCCCAAAUGAUUACCUGUCCUGGGGCAGUGCCUCUCCUUACAGGUAGACCCUCUCGCCCCUGUCCUGACCCCCCUACGUCCUCCCUACACACCCCAGGCUCCCUCUCUUGCCCUACCCACCCCAUCCUCUAGCAAUAACCACAUCUAACCUUACCACCCCUUCCUAAACACCACCCCUAACCUCCAACCCCAAACCUUCCAUAACACCCCACCAUCCCUUAUCUCCAACCCCCUUUCCCCUCACUAACACCCCACGACCCCUACCCUCCAACCCCAUCUCCCUUCCAUAAUACCCCACUGCUGUCUGUUGUUGUUUCAUUUCUUCCCUUUACAUCUCACCUCCUCCACCUCCUCCUCCUCCUCCACCUCCUCCACCUCCUCCUCCUUCUCCUCCUCCUCCUCCUUCUCCUCCUCCUCAUCUCAGCUGUACACACUCCUCAUAUUUACACUAACCCCUACAGAUCCCUCUUUUGGUCCGCCUGCCGCCUGGAUCCAAGGGAACUGUCACUGUAUUCAACCUUGGCUUUGAUAAACAAUAGUCAGGUUUAGUUUAUAAUGUGUUUUGUUUUGGGGAUUUGUGUUAUAAGUAAUGUUAGAAAAGCAUGGCCUUGUUUAUCACAGUUUCAGUGGUAAAAUUCAGUCAGCCCCCCACCCCUCUCUUUAUCUCUCUCUCUUUCUCUCCUCUCUCUCUCCUCUCUCUCUCUCAUUUUAUUUUCUCCAGUUCUACACUCUCUCCAAGGACUUUCCUUAUACUUUAAUGAUACCCUGUCUGUAACAGUUGCUAUCGCAGACCUAUAUUUCCAAACCAUUAUGCAUGAAUGUUUUGUAUAAUCUAUGGUGGCAAUGCACAAUAUAGAUCUAGUCCUAUUUCGAGAUCUAUAGAGUAUCUGUAAAAAGGUCAGUCUUUCUCUCUUUCUUUUUCUUCCUUCUCUCAAUUCUUGUUGACACAAGGGAUGGGGCGAGAUCCAAUGACCCUCAUGAGGAGGUGAUAAUCUGAAAACAAACCGUAUUAAAUCCACUGUUGACCCUUGCGACCUUCUCUGCAAUACAAUACCAAAUAAUGAACAUUAGAGCAACAGCAGGCUCCACUGGGCAGGAUUUUUUGUGACUCUGGUUACAUUGGUUGUGAUUUACGGUAAUCCCCCCCUUAUGAAACUCAGUAUAAAAUGUUUGACUCGGUUGCUACAGCCAAAAGCUCCAUUCUCCAAUUGGACCUCAGUGGGGAACACUUUCUGGCCUGGCUGAAUGCACUAGUGGAUAGUCACAUGACCAGAAGUAAUACCAGUGAAUAAUAUCACACUAAUGUGGUCGUGCUAACACAUACGUUUAAACACCAUUUAUAUAUUCUUAUUAAGCUGGUACCCAAUGCCGGAGGGAGGGCCAAUGCGAGUACCACAGAAAAUGCUGCCCUCAGAAAGCAAGUACUCUUUCACUUUACUACAUGUGGUUCUAUUAUUUUUUAAGUCUUCAUAUUUUUUAAAAACAUUGCCAUCAUUAAAAACACUGCCAACAUCUUGACUUUCAAAGCCAUGAACAAUUAAACACAUUUUAUGUUUUUCCUCAUUAUGAGUUUUGUGAUGUUAAAAUCGAUGCUAUUUUAGUUGAACUCAUACUGCCAUGUUGGCUCGAUCGCCACUGGUUACAGUUCUAUCUGACCUUUUCCCUCUGUACCGUUCUCUCCUCCAGUACCAUGGCAACCUACCCCCCCACAUGCUCCAACCCCAAUACAUCCCAGGGAAUGAACAUGGCUAACAGCAUCGCCAACCUGCGGCUCAAAGCCAAGGAGUACAGCUUGAACCAGGUGCCCACGGUCAACUGA